AUGGCAAGAGAUAGCUGUCUAGCGAGAGUAACUGUUGGCGGUGCAGUUGGUGCUGUAUAUGGAACUUAUGAAGCUGUUAGUUUCAAGGUGUCUAGACUCUUGAAAAUCAGAUAUAUUGGACAAACUACUUUGGGAAGAGCAGCCAUUUUUGGUCUCUUCUUGGGUGCUGAAAGCUUGAUACACUGUGGAAAGCCUUACCAAGCAUAUAUUUGCUAA